CCUAGUGGGUAGGUCCAUGUGUUUUUGGAACGAACUUUGAUUAUAGAAACUCAAUUUUUAGCAAACUGCAAGUUAUAGCAGUCACAACUGAGCUAGGAACGAGAUGGGUAGGAAUUUGGAAUUAAUCUCAAAACAGAUUAUCAAACCAUCAUCACCAACUCCCCAUCAUCUUAGAAACUAUAACCUUUCCUUUUUAGAUCAGAUUGCACCUGCUGCCUAUGUAAGACUCGCUCUGUUCUACGAGGCUAAUAAGCAUACGAUCAUCAAUGAUUCAUUUGGAACAUCAAUCUUGCUCAAAAACUCUCUAGCAAAAACCCUAACCCACUUCUAUCCAUUAGCUGGAAGAGCUUUAGACGAUUUCGUCAUCCAUUGCAACGAUGAAGGUGCAGAGUAUACUGAAGUUAGAGUUCCAUGUAAGCUCUCAGAAACUAUAGAAAGCAAAGAUGCAAAGGACAUCAACCUGCUGUUUCCAUAUGAUAUGCACUUUGAUUUCAAGAAGGAAAUCCUUCUUGCUGUACAAUUCAACAUCUUUGAUUGCGGCGGGAUUGCUAUUGGCAUGUCUUUUUCACACAAGCUUGUGGAUGGAACAUCAGCAAAUGCUUUUGUUUUUACCUGGGCAGCCAUUACCCAAGGGGCUAGAGAUGGUCAUGAAGUUAUAAAGAAUCUAAAUCUUAGUGCUGCUAUUCAUUUUCCUUCGGUUGAUGUAUCAGAUUACAUGCCUAACAAAGGGACUAUUCGAGACAAGAUUGCCACGAAAAGAUUUACGUUCAACAAAUCAAGCAUAGCUGCUCUAAGAGAAGCUGCAGGUAGCAACGUCUUCUCUGCUGAUCAUUCUCAAGUGAGGCGAACAACGCGUUACGAGGCCAUUUCGGCAUUCAUAUGGAGGCGUUUAAUGGGAAUAUUUCAAUCAAAACCUGGACAAAAGAACAAAGAGUAUGCAGCUGUUCAUGCUGUAAAUCUUCGGGGCAGGAUGGCGCCUCCCUUGGACAGUAAUUCUUUUGGGAAUAUUUGGCAAUACGCAGUUGCAUCAUCACCCCAAGUUCUUGAAAUUGAGAAAGAAAAUCAAGACUAUUAUCAUGGCAUUUUGGUGAACCAGUUGAGCAAAGCAAUAAGAGAAAUCAAUGGAGAUUAUAUCAGGAAAUUGCAAAGUGGAGAAUGGUACACGAAGUGGAUGAAAGAAAGGAUCAAGAAUGUAGAGGUGAUUGCAUUCACUAGUUGGUGCACAUUUCCUAUGUAUGACAUUGAUUUUGGGUGGGGAAAACCUGUUUUUGCAACUAGUCUUGGUAGGCCUUUCAGGAAUGUGACUGUUUUCACAAGCAACCGAAAUGGGGAUGGAAUCGAAGCAUGGGUUAACUUGUUGGAGGAAGAUAUGGCCAUGUUCGAGAGUGAUUCCGAGGUCCUUUCUUUUGCUUCAUAAGCUGUAUGGAUAUUGAAUUCCUAUUGAUUUUCUUGGCGUAAUGCCUAAAAAAUCCAAAUGUAUACAUGUCUUGAUAAUUUCUAUUGUCUUUUUAAUUUUUGGUGAAAUUAAUAAUUUCUAUACAUUCUUUAUUUA